UCGAGCAUAAUAGAACAAAUAAAGUAAAUUAGUGAGAAAAUAUAUUGCAAAAAAAUCAUUUAAAAAUUAUGGAGUGUAUUUUAUAAGUUUACUUUAAUAACUUAUUUAAGGGUAAAAGUUAUAUUUUGGCACAUUAAAAGAAAAAUGUCGGUUCAGCAAUUUUGUUUGCGAUGGAAUAAUCACCAACCGAAUUUUAUAUCUGUUUGUUCGUCUCUACUACAUAAUGGAACAUUAGUAGAUGUUACAUUAGCUGCCGAAGGAAAGCAGUUACAAGCUCAUAAAAUUGUUCUUUCAGCUUGCAGCUCGUAUUUUCAAACAUUGUUCACUACAAAUCCGUGUAAGCAUCCAAUAGUAAUAUUAAAAGAUGUUCAGUAUAACGAUCUAAAAACAAUGGUUGAUUUUAUGUACUAUGGUGAAGUAAAUGUUUCACAAGAACAACUUCCGCAUAUAUUAAAAACAGCAGAAAUGUUAAAAAUAAAAGGUUUAGCUGAAAUGCCUGCAGAUGCUGCAACACUAACAAAAUCCGAUAAUAAAGUUGAUCACACAGAUCAGUUGCAGGGAGGUGGAGGUUUAGGUACUGAUUCGUUAUGGGGUAACGCUGAAUCACAAUUUCAACAACAGCAACAGCAGCAGCAGCAGCAACAACAGCAGCAACAGCAGCAACAACAACAGCAACAACAACAGUCACAACAUCAUUUGCAUGGGAAUCCACAACAAGGCAAUCAAACCCAAAGUCUUCAUCAAUUAAGAAGAACUCCUUCACCAGGCUCUAUAUCUUCGCCAGUAUCCCGUAAAAAACGUGCAAGGAAAACUUCAAAUAAUGGGCAGACAGUCGACAUAAAUAAUAAAAAUUGUAAUAUCGAUCAGUCAACUAAUAUAAAUUUAAAUCAGAUAAAUCAAAUACCGUUUAGUAAUAAUACGAAUGUAACCCAAACUUUACAUACAAAGAUUGUGAAAGAAAUAUCUACAUCCGAUCAACAACAAGAAGCUUCAUUAGAAGAUAUUGAUUCUCACCAACACCAUAUUAAACCAGAAAAUGAUAUAGGAGUACAGCAAACGAUGCAGCAAGAUAUUUCUGGUGCAACGUCACCAUCAGAUUAUGGUACAACAAGGGUUAGCUCUCAGCCGCAAUCGGCUCAUUCUGGAGUGCAAUGGACAGUUGUUGAUUCUAGCUAUAACCCUAGAUUUUCCUUAUCGUCAUGCCAAUCUGGGAUGUCAUUAUCAGGUAAUGGAGCUGGAAAUGAUAAUCAAGAUAGUGGAAAUAAUUCAAACAAUGAUGGAAAUGAAAAUCAUGCUAAUGAUUCUACAAAUCCACAAAAGCCAACGGCAAAUAAUUCUGUAACAAAUAAUCAGCAGCAACAAGGCCACAUUCAAAUUCCCUAUCAAGAUUCACAAUAUUCAUCUCAAAUUAUUUCUGUUAACAAUUUAGUGGGUGGAUAUUCUCAACAUCAGCAACAACAGCAGCAGCAAACACAACAGCAACAGAAUAUAUCCACUCCAACGUCACCAAAUGAAUCAACUAUGGUACAAUCGGUUUAUAGCCAAGGGCCGACGCCCACACCGUCUCCAGUAUCCCAUCAAAUUUCUCAAUCCAGCUCAUCUACUCGAAAUGCUACUUCAACAGUGGCUGUUGUUGCGGCCUCAAUAGCAUCCACCCCCACUGCUAAUAAUACUUCAUUAAACAGUUCAAUACAAAAUUCGUCAAAUUCAAAUAAUUUUUCAGGAAGUAAUGCAUCAGGUAAUAGCUCUACAGGUGGUAAUAAUGUAUCGAUGAUAAUAGGGACAUCAGGAACAAGCGGAGCACAGCAACAACAGCAGCAACAACAGCAGCAACAGCAGCAGCAGCAAGGUACAUCAUCCUCGGUUGUUAAAAGAAAACGUUCAGUAAAUCCACAAGCGGAUGAAAAUUUUAUUAAAGCUUUGGAAGCAGUACGCACCGGUGGUAUUGGAUUUUGUAAAGCAGCUCGAAUAUAUGGUGUUAACAAUCGUACGUUAUGGUUAGAAUAUAAGAAAAGAGGUUAUUUAAUUAGUCGACCAAGUAUAAAAAAUCGUAUUAAAUUAGAGCCAAAUAUGUCACCGCAGCCACCAUCAACACCAACAAAUGAAGAAACUAGUAUUGAAAAUUAUGAACAUCUAAAUCAGUCAGCUUUAAACAUACAAGUACCGCCACCAUCUGAAACACCAACGCCCAUAAUGUGUACGCCUCAUACACAUAUGGGGGUUAUGAGUUUUUUGGAUACGCGACAUAUUUCUGAAUUUCAAACCACUACAGGAAUUCAUUCAAUGUCAAGGCAACGGUACACGGACACUGGUUCAGUAAAUGUUAAUUCUGGAGCAAUGAACUUACAAGGAUUAAAUUUUAACUCAAUGUAGAUUAUAGUUUUAUCAGAUAAAAUCAUUCGUUUACCUUAAGUUUAAAAUAACUAAACUAAUUUUUUUUAAGUAUAACCUCUGUUUAUUGAUUAAUUUGUGUCUUUUAUUUUUGUAUUGUAAAUUUAAGUAUAAGGACUUUAAUGAAUUAAAAACUAAAAUUAAACAAAAAAAAAUAGAAAAAAAAACGAAAACACAUAAAAAAGUUACAUACACUAAAUAAGUAACGGGAAAGAUAAAUUACUGUAAUAAUUUUUAAAAAUCCCGAUUUUAGAAUUCAUAAAGUUAUAAAUCGUGCUUGUAUAUAUAUAAAUAUAUAUAUAUAUAUAUGCGCAUAUAUACAUAUAUCAUGUAUAAAACAUUGAAAUGAAUAUUAAAAGAAAAAUAUUUCAAUAAAGAAUGUCCCAGAAAAUUGUAAUUCAUUAUGUGCGAAAAGGCAUUUUAUUAAUUAAUUUGUUUUAGCUUCAGUUUUUCACAAAAAAAAUAUUAAAAAAAAAAUAAUUGUAACACUUUAUUAUUCCUGAUUUUUAUUUAAAAAAAAUUUUGUUUUUAAAAAAUUACAUAGUAUAUUUUAAAAUAUAUCAAUAGGUUAAAAAGUUUUAUAUUUUUAAUUAUUGCUUUUCAAUUUCCUUUACUUGGUUGAACACUUUAAUUUGUUUUGAACACUUAUUUUAAAAUUUGAUUUGCUUUCUACAUGCUAAUAAUAACAUUAAAACAUAAUUCAAGAAAAAUUCGAUUUCAGAAGAGUAUUGUCCACUUAACAAAAGUCAUAUAUGUAUGUACCCGUUCCCCAUUUCAACAUAAAUGGCACGACAAGUUUAAAAUAAUUAUUUUAUUUUCAAUACCAUUUAUAUUAUGAUGAUUUCAUAAACAAUUAUAUAUAAUUAAAAAUAUUGACUUAUAAUUUUUACUAAAACUUUCAAUUGUAGUUUUCAAUGUUGUCAAAAAAAAUGUGAGAAAGAGGAAAUUUGUUAUUUUGAUAUAAAUUAAUGAUACACUUAAAACCACAAUACUGCCCAAACCCAUUUUUAAAAGAAAAAUAGCUUUCAUUUUUGUGUUAUCUUUUUAAAAUUAAUUUAAAUGUAUGUUUACGUCCAUAUACUUUUUAUAACACUUUGUCAUAGCGUAAAAUCCUGUAGGCUGUUUCCAUUCCAUUGCCAAGCAGUUUCAGUAUUUUUACAUUUCUAUGGUUAACUACAUAUUUAAACCAGGUUUAAUGAAAAAUGCUCGGAUAUGGAAACUGAUCUAAAUAUAUUUAUAUAAGAUAACAUCCACGAAUGAACUCUUAAAAAUGAAAAGUUAUUUAAGUGCUUGUUAAGUUCAUACAUAUAUAAAACAGAAUCUGAGUUUUUUUUUCUUAGAUCUAAGGUUUUCGUACACGAAAUAAAAAUAUAUAUGUUAUUUUUUGUGUUUAAGGAUGAAACAUCUUUCAAAGUAAU